CAAACGAUGUAUCACUCUUGUCAUUUUUCAUUUCCUUUUUGAUUAGUGGGCCGUCCUAUUCAUAGUUUUUGUGAUUGUUACAAUAAAUAAAGAGUUAUGAUGGCUGAAGAUACGACAGCCGACGCGACGAGGCGACUGAAUGUAAAGAAGCAGACGCUGGACGAUGCCUACGCGGCACCGGCGAACUUCCUAGAAAUCGACGUCGUGAACCCAGUCACGACUAUGGGAGUUGGGAAGAAACGUUACACGGAUUACGAAGUUCGCAUGAGGACGAACCUGCCAGUGUUUAAAGUAAAAGAAUCUAGCGUCAGACGGCGGUACAGCGAUUUCGAAUGGUUAAGAAACGAAUUGGAAAGAGACAGUAAGAUUGUAGUCCCUCCCCUACCAGGCAAAGCUCUGAAAAGACAGCUACCAUUCCGCGGAGAUGAUGGUAUUUUUGAAGAAGAAUUUAUUGAAGAUCGUAGAAAAGGUCUAGAAGUAUUCAUCAACAAGAUAGCCGGCCAUCCGUUGGCGCAAAACGAGCGGUGCCUUCACAUGUUCCUACAGGAGCCGACCAUAGACAAGAACUACGUACCCGGCAAAAUACGGAACACAUAAUAGACAAUAUAUACCACUGAUGCGAGCUUCGGACUUUAAAACAAGCCUCCUUGUGUGUGACCGUGCAUUGGCCUAUCGAAACCCAGAAGGAGGGUGACUCGUGUUUUGUUUAAAUCAGUAAACUUGUAAAACGUGAUGCUAAAGUUUUUGUUGUUGUGUUGCAUGUGUGUGAUAAUUAUCGACACGGUGACCUUCAUAGCAUCCUAUUAUUACGAAUAUUCGUUACCAGAGACUUUAACAUCACGAAUUCAUUUUGUAUGAAAUAAUACUCGAUACCUAUUGCUACAAAUUAUUGUGCUAAACCUAAAUCUUAUGAAGAAUUUCUUGGUGAAAGUACAGUUCGUUGUGGUCAGAUAAUAACAUAGGCAUACGGACGUUAUCAUUAAGGUCUGCGUGUCUGGUACACGCCAGACGGAGCCGGGUCUGUGCUCUAUAGUCAUUAGACAGCUAAAAGACAAUAUCAAGUAUAGAACAUUGUUGCUAGGCCAGUUGCAGCAAGCGAGUAGUUUUAAAGUUCCUCCGCGAAUGUUAUUGCUGUUGUGACAACCAUAUAUCAAUGACUUUGCCUUCUAGUUUUUGUUACAAAUCACAAUAUGCAAUAAUAUUCCGUGUUUAAUAAAUUAAAUGAAUCAAACGGAAACUUUUUGAGACAACAGAUUACAAGCACAGCAUUCCACAGAUUAUAUUUUAUAAAAAAAGAAAUGCUCUUCAUUUUUUAAAAAUGGAAUAGUGAAGGUCGAGGUGAUAUUGUUUCACAGAUGAAAAUGUAGAACAAACAUAAGUUAUCGUUUACCAGUUACUCUGUUUAAAUUAUGUAGCAAUAUUAUUGGAAUUGUUGAAAUUAUUAGUGUAUCGGUCAAGCUCACCAAUUGAUCCUUUUGUUUUGUGGUUUGCCAUGUAUAUUUCGACGUGUAAUGCAUUAUAAAUCUCAUUAUUUUAAUGUCUAAUUCAUUUUUUAUAAUUUCGUUAAGGAAAUUGAUUGUAUUUAUUGUGUGUUACUCUAUGGGUAUAGAUGUAAAGGCGUGUUAACGGCCAACAGUUUUGUAUAAAAUUGUGAUUCACCGUUACUGCGUUUAAAGAGCGAAAGUUAAAAAUAAUCUGAAUAAUAUAGAUUGUAAAUUAGUUAUAGUUAAAAAAAUGUGUUUCUUUAUUUACAGGGGUGAUCAGGAUGUUGGCAAUAUUAUUUAUAGAUAAUAAAAAAAAUGUUUUCAAAUAAGGAAUGACACUAAGACCCUUUGGUGUACAAAAUUAAAAAAAAACAUUAGCUUUACGUCACUAGCUAUAAAGUGUGUCCAUCACUAGAUAAUAACCGACUGUUUAGUUACACAGAAGUAUAAUUUACAUGUAUUUUCGUUGUACACCGAAUAAAUUUGGAAUACAAUGUAUUAUGUCUAUCGAUUGUAUUAGGAUAAAUAAAUUUGCUAUCAUGUCA